AUGGGUUACCUCCUCACAAUUUCUUGCUACGUCGCCUCAUUCUCGCCGGCAAUCACCCUUUUCUAUUCGUUCAUCGCACAUGACCCCGUCCGGAUUAUCCUCUUCUUCCUCGGGUAAAAUCCACCUUUCCAACUCAUCCAUGUCCAUGUCUCCCCCAUUUUCAGAUCUUUCUUCUGGCUCGUCUCCCUCCUCGUCUCCUCGAUUUCCUGGUUCGCUUUGACCGCUCUCUUCCCCAACAGCUUCCUCGUUUCCCUCGGAGUCUGCAUUGUUGCUCAGGAACUGGCCAGAGUCGCCUACUUCAUGCUCCUCAAAAAGGCCCAAAAGUGAGCGGGUUUCUUUCUCUUCUCUUCUCAUUCCGCCAGUUUUCCAGAGGAUUGAAUAAGAUCACCCGACAAGGUCAAAUCUCAGUGGCUCCCGGAGUCAGCGACCUCCACAAUGCUCGUCACAUGCUCGCGCUCGUGUGCGGCCUUGGAAUGGGCGUCAUCGCGGCUCUCUUCAACACAAUGAACGCGUUCGCCGUCUUCUCCGGACCGGGAACGAUCGGUCUUCCGGAGGCUCUCGAACGGGGAGUCGUGGACCAGAACAGAGCGGGAAAGUAUCUGCCCCUUUGCUAUUCUCUUUCGGCCAUUCUGCACACUCUUUUCCACGUCACAUGGACUAUCAUGAUGUGGGACACGUGCCACAAGAUCGGCCGGAUCCCGUCUGCGUUCGUGCCUGGCGCGGCCGCAGUCGUUUCCCAUCUGCUCGUCUCGUUUCUAGUGAGUUACCCCAUUCCUGCUUAUUUUCCACUUCUUUGUUUUCCAGAGUUCGCUCAACUCGCGUGGCUUUUUCGUGAUCGUCUUCUCCGUCCAAUUUCUCGUUCUGAUAAUCUGCAUCGCCUACUGUAACGUCAUCAUGGGCGGCACGAUCUCCUCGUUCGUCAACGGAAUCGGACAGUCUCUCAUCGACGGUGUCACUCUGAAACAGGUCCGCACGAUGAUCGAAGAACGGAAACUUCGCACGCAACGACAGUCGGUUCCGGACGAACCGAUGACCGAAAGAGUGAAUCACAGUGCCGUUGUCUCCUAA